AUGCAUCGUCUUUUUGCUGAGCUGGAGCCAUCUUUAACCGUAACAGAGCAAAACCUGGCAGAUCGAGUUCGGUAUAUCUUGCGCUCAAACAUAUUUGAUGUCGCCGAACUCGAACAGCUACGACGUGAGGCUGUUCCCUCAUCGGAUGAAAAUACUACGGCUGAGGAUGCGGCGCCACAAAUUGUAGAGCAACCCGCAAACGUGGAUGCCGCGUGA